CGCAGGAACGGCUCCCAACUAGAAGGGGAGUAGAUGCUGGCUAACACGGGUGUAGGCCUACUUGCUCGCGAGAAGAGACCCCCUCUACGCGGACAUCGCAAGCAGGAUCCAUAGUUUGUAUUUUCUUGGUACCCCGCAUCGUGGGGCCGAUUCGAGUGCUUUUGUGACUGCCUUGAUUUCCAUGUCGAUAGGCUCUGGGUCGAAGGCAUUCGUCAAGGAGCUAAUCCCCCGCUCUGGAACGCUCCAGGCCAUCAACGAUGAGUUCCGGCACGUAUGCAAUGAUGUGCAUAUCUGGUCCUUCUUUGAAGGGCUUCCAACCUCCACGGGCCCGACCAGCACCAUGAUUGUUGAGAAAGAGUCGGCCGUCAUGGGGCUUCCUGGCGAACACACCCAGUAUCUGCAGGCCAACCACCGACGCCUGGUCAAAUUUGAUUCGGUGGACGAUCCGAACUACAACAUCCUGCUCCGCUGCUUCAACACGACGAUCGAGGAAAUUGAGAAGAGCUUUGCCGCGGAUAAGUUCGAGAACCACCGCUCCCAGAUGAAGCAGAUCGCCCAGGCCUUUGAUGUGGCCGAGCGCCCAGACGGCGACUUCAUUCGAAUGCUCGACAAACUCCACACGGGCUCUUGCGAGUGGCUGACCUCCCACGAAGCCUUCCACGACUGGCUAGAGUGUGACCCCGGUGACCCUGACGCCACCGUCAAGGCCAUCACUUCCGGCCCAUUCAAGCCAACGCCUCGGUUUUUGUGGCUCAACGGUCCUCCGGGAUCCGGCAAAUCCGUUGCCUCGGGGCAUGUCAUCAAGUACCUUCAGUCCUACAACCUCGACUGCGCCUACUUCUUCUUCAAAAGCAAUGAAAAGCCGACUCUCACGCAGUUUCUCCUGUCCAUAGCACUACAAAUGGCCGAGUCCAACUUCCAGAUUCGCCACACCUUCCUGGCCAUGAUGGAAGAGGGCGAAACCAUCGACAGUCAUAGCGACCAUGUCAUGGUAUGGAACAACAUUUUUCUAGGACGCAUCUUCAAGAUGGCCCUCUCACAGCCCCAGUACUGGGUCAUUGACGCCCUGGACGAGUGCCAGCCACGGCUCCUGGGCACGCUGAUGUCCAUGUUCUCAAGAAUCGAGCCGACAGUUCCGCUCAGAAUUUUCAUCACCAGCCGUCCCAGCGGUCAUGUUGAGAGGCUGCUGAACCAGGAGAAGAUUAUGAGAGUGGAACUGCACACUGGUCAGGCAGAGUCGCUCAGAGACAUCGAUGCCUUUGUCAGGUCCAGGCUGUCACCCAGCAUCAUCGAGGAGUUCAACGAAGAUGACGGCGAUCUGGUGGCCGAGAUUAUCGAGAAAUCAAACGGAAUCUUCCUCUGGGCAUCCCUCAUCAUGACGAGGCUCGACGAGGCCCACAGCAUUGAGGCCAUGCGCAAGACCCUCGACCAGGUACCCUCCGAGAUGAGUGGCAUGUACAACGGGAUCCUCGAGAGCAUCAUCGAGUCCCCAAACGCAGACCUCGCCCACUGUAUUCUCAAGUGGGUCGUCUGCGCCCGGAAACCUCUGACGACCGAAGAGCUGCGAGAGGUGGUUCGCCUAGACAUCAACCAGACCCUGCGCACCUCGGACAGGUUCUCGCAAAUCUGUGGCAACCUCAUCACGGUUGACAACAAUCUCGUUCAGGUCAUGCACCAAACCGUCAAGGAGUUCCUCACCGGCGAGCAAUCCGAUUAUUACAUCCCGCGGUCGUGGUCUCACGCGCGCAUUGCCGAACUCUGCCUUCAGCACCUUAACGGCCGCAACUUCAGCCCCCCUCGCACGCGCCGUGCUCCGGCUGUUUCCUCCAAAGCCGACCCCAGCAGCAACAGCUCCGCCGCCUUCGACGACUACGCGGCCACCAACUUCUCCUAUCACCUCGCGCACUGCUCCCCAUCCGAAUCCACCCUCGACCUCCUCCCGCUCCUCGGCACCUUUGUCUCUUCCAACGUGCUGACCUGGAUCGAGCGCGUCGCCAAGACCGGCCGCCUCUCCCUCAUCACCCGCACUAUCCAGAACCUCAAAACGUAUCUCUCCCGCCAGGUCGCCACAUCCUCCCCGCUCAACGCCGACUACCAGCUCACCGUCCGCUUCGUCGACGACCUCAUGCGCCUCUCGGCCAUCUACGGCCCCAACCUCGUCAACAUGCCGUCCAGCAUCUACUCGCUAAUCCCGCUGCUCUGCCCCAGGUCAAGCCUUAUCCACUGGAAGUUUGCGCGCCAGCAGUUCCCCAGGCAGAAGGUCCUCUGCACGUUCAACAACGACUGGGACGAGCGCCUGAGCUCCUUCGCCUUCUCGUCACGCGUCAUGUCUAUCGCCUGUGCCGACCAGUUCUUCGCGGUCGGCCUGGGCGACGGCGCCAUCAAGGUCUACCGGCAGAGUACGUUUGAGCUGCUGAACACGGUACACCACGGCGAGCCCGUGCGGAGGCUGGCCAACGGAAACCUCACGGGAAUAUUGAUUUCGGGCGGGCUGAAGACGCUCAAGAUCUGGGGUCCGAAGCAGGUGCUGCUGUGGGCCGCGGCGGUGCCGGAGCAGCCGCUCUCGUUCCGGUUCAGUCCCGACGACUCCAAGGUGUACGUGCCGCUACGGAACGGUGAGGUGCACGUGUACCGGGCAAGGGACGGGGCGAGGUUAGAUGCGCUGGAGAUCCUAGGGGAGGACAGCUCGUCUUCGUCGUCGUCGUCGUCGUCGGACUCGGAUUCGGACCACGGCGGCGGCGUGGAGCGCAAGAACCAGCAGAAGCGGACGAUGCCGACGCUGAUCCGGAUCAGCCCGAUGCUGGGAAUCGCGGCCAUCGCGUACCGGAGCUCGCACCUGCAGCUAUCGUACUACGAGAGCGGCGAGAAGGUCGAGGCAUUCGAGAAGGAGGGCUACGAGGACGGGGGGCUGCCGCCGCAGGUGCUGGAUGUCGCGUUCAACGAGAACCCCGAGCAGAACCUGAUGGCGGUGGCGUACCAGGACGGGGACCUCGUGACGCUCGACCCGUGGACGCUGCAGCAGAAGCACGCGUACCAUCUGAACGCGCACAUGCUCGCGGCGUCGCCCGACGGGCACACGCUGGCCGCGGGCGACAGCGAGUGCGUCAUCUCGCUCUUUGCCUUUGACGGCCUGCGGCUGCUGUGCCGGAUCCAUUCUCUCGAGGAGCGCAUCAUGGGCAUCGUGUUCGCCUCCAACAGCCUGCGGCUCUUUGAUCUCAGGGGCAACAACUGCAACGUCUGGGAGCCGGCGGUGCUCAUCAAGAAAAACCUUGCCGACGACAGCUCGAGCGAGGAGGCGGACGACUACCUGAUGCCCGCGUCCAACCUGAUCUGCACGCGGACGUUCGAGGGCAGCAAGGCCAUCACCGUCAUGACGCAGGCGGGAGACUCCAACUUUGUCUUUUGCGGACGCGAGGAAGGUUCCAUCACUGUACACGAUGUCAGCUCCGGCAAGGUGUGUGCCGAGUUUCAAUUCCACGCCCGCAUGGUUGACGUCCGCCACCUCGAGUGGAACGCGCAGAAGCAGGUCCUCUUCAGCGUCGACGCCUCGCGACGGUGCGUCGUCACGAGGGUGAGCCUGCCGACGUCGGCGACGGCGACCACGGCGGUGCAGAAGCAGCAGCAGCAAGCCCAGCUGCGGAGUGUCGAGCACAUCCUCGACUUCCGGGCGUCAGAUACGGUCGUCCAGGCUCUCAUCAGCCCCGACGCAUCCGCGUUCCUCGUCGUGACGGCAUCCGGAGAGGAACUGCAUCUCCCGGGCGAGGCAAGCUGCACCAUCCAGUCGGCAAACUCCUCGAACAAAGCGCGCUGGCUGCGGCACCCCACGGACCCCGAGCGCCUCCUGCUCUUCCAAAACGAUAGCGCAGUCCUCCACAUCUUCCGCUGGAAGGACCUCACCCGCGAGACACCCGAGCAGGGUAUCUCUGUCGUCCUCCCGCCGGAACUCGCCUCGGCCCCCUCAGCCCUGACAAAUGACUGGCACUUCCGACCCGGGUCAUCCAUACUCGCGCAAGCCGUCCCGCUCCCGCGCCUUUCCUCCUCCUCCUCCUCCUCCUCAAACACAGGCUUCCUCACGCUAGACCUCUCCCAGCUCAGCGACCCAGCCGAGACGACGAGUAUCGCGGCGCAGUGCGUGACCCGGCGGCUGGCGUCGCAGGUCAAGUCGGUCCUGGGGGUGCACCGGUCGAGCCUGUAUUUCCUGAGCGGGCGCGGGUGGGUGUGCUCGAUCGGGCUCAAGAACCUGGCGGCGAGCAAGUCGUACGUGCGGCACUUCUUCAUCCCGUCGGUUUGGCAGACGGGCGGGGCGGAGCCGAUGGCGCGGGUGGUGUCCAAGACGACGGUGGCGAUGGCGUACCGGGACGAGCUGGUGGUGCUGCAGGGGUUCUUGGAGUUUGAGCACAAGACUCCGUUUGGAGAGGAGAACGGGCAGGACGAUGAGGAGGAAAAGGAAGAGAAGAAAGAGGAAGGGGGGCUAGAAGAUGGAGAAGGUAGUAAGGAGGGCGAAGGAAUGAAAAAGACGGCGGCGCCUGUUAUUAUCAGAACUUCAUGAAUCGUGGUGGGUGGAAAGUAAUUACUACCCGGAAACGGAAAAUACAGGACGGCGUGGAGGACCCCUAGGGGAAGAGGA